AUGUCGCCUAUUGCUAUGCCUGUAGCCUUGGAUUUACAAUUCGCUCCGCUUCUAGACACACUCCGUACGGCACCUACUGCCCCGGAUGCCAAGGCCGCUGCAGACCGCCUUGCUCGAGAAAUAUCAAAAGUUGGCCUUGAGGCCCUCAGUGACGCGCAUAUCUUAACCACCUUGCACUCAUUCGCUACGAACAAGAAGUCGGGAUAUGAGCGCGAAUCCGCAGCUGUUGCAUUCCAGUCGAUGGGCACCACAAUUGGGUCGCCUGUGGCUCCAUUAUUGCUGCCUUCCCUCCCUGUUCUCUUCGAACUAUAUAUGGACAAAGGCGAUGUUGUCCGUUCAGCCGCUAGUGCUGCUGUCAAAUCAAUCCUGAAGCACUUUCCGCCCGAAUCUACACGAGUUGUAUUCCGUGCCUUGGAAGACAUUCUUGAGAAUGGAAAAUGGCGAACCAAAGUUGGCGUCUUAGAUGCAAUCAGAAGCUUCACAACUUCAGCGAAAGAUGCAGUUGCGAAUGAACUUGGGAAUACUAUUCCUAAGGUUGAAAUAGCGAUGCACGAUACGAAGCAAGAGGUUUCUUCUGCCGCCAUCAAAUGCGCGACUGCUCUGUGUUCAACUCUUGCGAACCCUGAUCUCAGUCCUCACAUACCCUCGUUAGUCAAAUGUAUGGCAAACCCGGAAGCAGUGCCUGCAUGUAUCAAAGCACUGUCUUCCACAACUUUCGUCGCCGAAGUCACUGCACCUGCCCUAGCCGUGCUUGUUCCUCUUCUAAAUCGCGCUUUGAGCGAUCGAUCGAUGGAGGUUCAGCGCAGAACCGUGGUUGUGGUAGACAACCUGGUCAAACUUGUCCGAGAACCAAAAAUUGCAGCUACUUAUCUGAGCCCAUUGGUAGAUGGUGUAGAGAAGAUUGCAAAAGGUGCUGCGUUUCCUGAGGUUCGCGCCUUCGCUGAAACGGCCCUCGAUACCCUUUACAAAUCGGGUGCAUCUAAAGACGGUCCCCCUCCUGCUCGUCGGGAUAUAGAUGCAGAGACAUCUUCUGCCUUUUCAUCUCUUCAAUCCCUCCUUCCCGCAGUGUUUACGUCAAGCACCAUAGAGCUUGGAAACGGAAGUCGCACUCCCCGACAUCCGUUAUUAGCGCGUACUUUAGAAUUUGAGGCAUCAUUGGUUGCCGACUUAGUCCACGACAGAAGGUUUACUGAUUCCUCUGUCUGGAAUCGAUGCGUGGGAGCGUGUCUUGCUCCAUGGUUUUCGGGUGGAGCUCAGGAUGCGACGAAGUUUGCGGAGUCGGUUCGGCUCCAUUUUCAUGCUAUCGACAAGGCCAAAUAUGCUAUGGGGCCAACCAACGCAGACGACGAGGGAGAACUUCUCUGCGAUACUCAGUUCUCUCUCGCAUACGGUGCACUUCUUCUACUCUCGCACACUCAAUUACGGCUCGUACGUGGUCGCCGAUAUGGUAUCUUGGGCACGAAUGGAUCUGGGAAAUCGACCCUCAUGCGGCAAUUGCGCGAUGGCAAAGUAGAGAAUUUCCCACCUCAAGAUCAGCUGAAGUGCGUAAUGGUGGAGCAUUCACUGCAGGGAGAGGAUACGACGCUUUCGGUAAUUGAUUUCGUCGCAUCAGACAAGGCACUCUCUGGCAUUCCGCGAUCCAGGAUUAGAGACCAGUUACUUGAAGUUGGUUUUGAUGAUGCCAGGCAAUCGGAGAUUGUGGGCGGGUUGUCCGGCGGCUGGAAGAUGAAACUCGAACUUGCGAGGGCUAUGCUGUACAAUGCUGACCUUCUGUUGCUCGACGAGCCCACUAACCACUUGGAUCGCGCUUCUGUUCAGUGGCUUGAGCAAUACCUCAUGGCUCAGAAAAAAGUCACAUGUCUCAUCAUCAGUCAUGACUCUGGUUUCCUUGAUACAGUCACAACUGAUAUCAUUCACUACGAAAUGAAGAAGCUGGUCUACUAUCGUGGAAAUCUAUCUACAUUUGUUGAAAAACACCCAGAAGCGAAAUCGUAUUAUACACUUGCUGCUACCUCAGUGAAGUUCGCUUUCCCGCCUCCUGGGUCCUUGAUGGGGGUUAGAAGCAAUACUCGUGCCAUUUUGAAAAUGACCAAUUGCACAUUCACCUACCCUGGACGUAAAACUCCCAGUCUAUUUAACGUCAGCUGUGCGCUGUCGUUGUCGAGCCGGGUUGGAAUCAUUGGUCCUAACGGUGCUGGAAAGUCAACGCUUGUGAAACUCUUGACAGGUGAGACUGAACCGCAAGAAGGCACGGUCUACAAGCACCCCUCACUCCGUAUUGGUUAUGUGUCACAGCAUGCCACACACCAUAUUGAACACCAUUUGGAGAAGACUCCCGUUCAAUAUAUCCAGUGGCGCUUCCAGGAUGGCCAUGAUCGGGAGGUCUUGGAGAAAGCAACACGUGCUCUCACGGAUGAGGAGAAGGCCCUCCUAGAUACCGAUUUCGUCGGAAAGAACGGACAGAGGCGAAAGCUCGAGUUGAUAAUGGGUCGUCAGAAAUUGAAAAAGUCUUUACAAUAUGAAAUCAAAUGGCGCGGACUGGAUCACAGGUUCAACACGUGGAUCCCAAGAGAGGAGCUCAUAGAGAAAGGGUUUACCAAGUUGGUUCACCAGUUCGAUGAUCUUGAGGCCUCCAGAGAAGGAGCUGGUCAACGUGACACGUCCGCACACAUUGUGCGUAAGCACUUGGAAGAUAUCGGGCUCGAUGGAGAUAUAGCUCAGUACAAUGAAAUUUCUGGUUUAUCUGGAGGCCAGAAAAUCAAGCUAGUCAUUGCUGCAUGUCUAUGGAAUAACCCUCAGAUUUGCGUAUUGGAUGAACCGAGCAAUUUCUUGGACCGGGAAGCACUGGGUGGUCUUGCUGUCGCAAUUCGGGAUUGGGCUGGUGCAGUUGUUAUCAUUUCUCACAAUGAGGAGUUCGUCACUGCACUAUGUCCCGAGAUCUGGAACGUCGAUUUGGGUCGUAUGACACACAAGGGUAAAAUAGCUGUCGUGGAAGAUGCGUUCGCAGUGAAGUCGCCCAAAGGCAGUGGUACCAACACGCCGGCGCGUUCUCGAUUGCAGAGCCCUGUCGCCUCUACCGCCGGAACGCCAGCUGGUAGUGGGGCUGAAGACAAAGCUGCCGGCUCAGUCCCUGCGAAGAAGAAAAAGAAGCUGACCCGAAACCAGAUGAAAGCGCAGGAGGAGCGCAGGAGGCUGAGAAAACUCCACUGGCUUACCCAUGGCGGGCAAAAACCUGAGGAUACCGACAGUGAUGCCUAA